AUGGCGACGGUAACCACCACGAUUAAGACCGAGCUCUGCUCGUUCAGCGACUACAGGGUUUACCCCGGCCGCGGCCAGAAGUUUGUGGCGCGCGAUGGGAAGGUCUACUUCUUCCUCACCUCCAAGGCUGCCUCCCUGCACAAGCAGCGUGUGAAGCCGGCCAAGGUCAAGUGGACUCCGAGCUGGAGGAAGGCCAACAAGAAGUUCCAGACGGUGGUGUCCCACCGCCGCCGCUCCAAGAAGGCCGCCAAGUACCAGAAGGCCUUCUUGGGCCUGAGCCUUGACGAGCUCAAGGCCAAGCGUGCGACCGCCACCAAGUCUGACUCGAAGCUGGCAGAGUGGUCCUUGGCGGUUCCCCCCGCCUCCGACCUAGUGCCCUUCGCACAGCAACGCUCCGUGUCGUGUGUGGCCGUGGCCGCCGUGACUACGAGCAACAUUUCGACCCGUUCCCGGGGAACCUCGUGGUCGACGUCACUCACACGCUCGCAGAACCCCAAGCAGGCUAUGCUCGCCGAGGCCAAGGAGAAGGCCAAGAAGCUCAAGGGCGGUGCGCCCAAGCCCGCUGGCGCCGUUCCCGCCAAGCAGGUCCCCAUUCCCAAGAAGAUCACCAAGACCGCCAUGCGCAAGUAA